AUUUUCCCCCAGAACAUUACAUUUGAUAAUCAUUAAUAUAAUAAAUUUGAUAAUCCUUAAUAAUUUUAUUAUUAUCAAUAAUUCAAUUCAUUAUUCAAUGGGUCCUUUGGGAUAUGCUCUGUCAGUUAUACACAUUCAUUUCUUAUGUUCUAUUCAGAGUGCUUACACACAUCCACAACUAUCAUCUUCAUUUACAUUACAAUCAUUGAUGUUAUCAAAGGAACAAACCGAAACAGAGGUAAUAAGUCCAAUAAUACAAAACUAUACAAAUGGACCAAUAGAUUUUAUAAAAAUUGAACAGUAUAUAUCACAGUUUUUUGAUUUGUAUCAGUUGAAUACACUUAUCACAGAACAAAGUGGUAAUGAACGAGUUAACAAUAAUAAUUUACCAUCAUCAAUUAGACGUCAAUUAGUAUGUCAAAAUCUCUUAAAACAAUCAUUAAGUAAUGAUUCAAAGAGAAGAGAAGAAUUUCUUAAGCUAAUUAACAGUAAGUAUUUUCAACUGAAUGAUUCAGCUUCACAACAAAAUGAAAUUACUGAAUUAAUUGUCAACCUUUGCAUACAUGAGAGUAAUCAGUACUUUCAACAGUAUUAUUAUACUCAAUGGUCGAAUUCUACAGAAAGAUAUCUGCUUAAAAUCAUUCUUAAGGAUACUAUUAUCCCUGUGAUAUACUUUUUAAAUACAUUUUCAAUGAUUUGUUUAAAUUGUCCAAUUUAUUGUAUAUUGAGUCGCAAAAAUCCACAAGUCUCAGUUUGGUUCUUAUUGGCGGCUUAUUCAAUUCUAAAGACAAUUCACAUAUUCAUCUUUCAUUUACCAAAGUUAAUUAUAAAUUUGUUCACCUUGUAUAGUAAUUAUCUGGUGGAUCAGACACAUUACAACUACACAAAGGAUAAUAUUAGUGUAGAUAUACAAAAAAGCAUCAUGAGGAAUUACAGUGGACAUGGUAGUGAUGGAAGUAUUACAGAAGGUAUAAGUAAUAAGCUACAAAAUUUUCAUGGCCUACAAAACUUAGGUUUAAUACCAUGCUCUAUGUUUACAUUCUUAGAAACUGUGCUGCAGCAUACACCUAAUUGGAUUAUAGUGGUUCUGGUUUGGGAACAAAUUGCCAGAUUCAUUGUCCAACAAUCUGCAUUGUCAAAUAACCUACACCGUCAUCAUCAUCAUUGUCCUUUAGAUAAUAACCAUGUUGAUAGAAAAUAUCAAAUGAAAUCACAUUCAUGUCUUGCUUCACCGUUACUUCAUCGGUCAAAGGAUUUCAUGUUUCAGGAAGGAGAAGACAAGUAUAAACAAAUCGAUAUUGACCAAGUGGUAGAAGAGAAACUGACAAUUACACUCCAACAACAGCGACAACAGUAUGGUGACAGUUACUCACAGUCUAUCACAUAUGAUAAUCAAUCAAAGUGUAAUUACUUAUGCGAUGCAAAGAGUUCCUCAAAUUUUAAUCGAAGUUUAAAAGAAGCCAUUUACAGCAGUAAUAAUCACCAGAUAUAUACUAAUAUGAAUGCAGAUUCUGUAAUAGAUGGUGGACUAACACUCUUCGGUGCAAAACUAAUUACAAUUACAAUAAUUGUCUUGGAAAUAUUUUUAAAUGUUCAUUCAUUAUGGUUACAUAAUUACUCAAAUGGAAAAUGUGGAAUUGAUUUGGAGGGACAUUCACCGAUUUUCACCCAUAUUUAUCCUUAUUUACUGAGAGUGAUUCAGUGCUCAAUACCAAAUUUAGGAUGUUUUAUAGGAGUUAUUGUUUAUAUAAUCUACAGUUUAAUCCAAUUUAAGCGAAAGGAAUUAGAAAAUGAAGCGACAACACCAACAACUAAAUACGAUGCAAUUGAUCUGAAACCUAUUCGGAACUGGAAUGCCUCAAAUGAAGACAAUUUUGAAGGAGUAAUUAUCAAUCCGUUGGCAUGCAAUUCAUCUGUUAAUUUGUCAGCAAAUUCAACACAAUCAAGGUAUAAAAAGUUUGUUCAGCAUGGGAUAUUUAGACAAUUAAAGAUAAAAAAUUGUUCAAUUCUCUUGUCAUGUACAUUAUCUCCACAAACAUGUUCAACACAUCCAGAUUAUGUGAAGCCUAUCAUCAGUAUACAGUCCAAAGAUAAUCCUGAUCACUCUGACAAUUCCUACAAUCAACUUCAGGAUAACCAGCAGAAACGGCAUAAAAUGUUACAACGUUCAGUUUCAGAUUGGGAUAAGAAAUCCACUUGUUCAAUAUUCAUAUCAUUAGACACUGGUAAAUACUUGGGCCUUACUUUGGCUAUCUAUCAGGUGAUAUUCAAUGUCCCAACAGAUAUUCUAUGGUAUUAUACAGAACAUUUGCAGCCACGAUUUACAAGUGAUAAUGUUGCACGUUUUUAUGAAGUGGUCAAAUUUCGGCAGUUAUUUAAUUACAGUAUACACUGUUGGUCAUCAUUACAACUAUGCUUUUUAUUCUGGAUAACAUUUCUUUUAAGUUCGAUAGUGCGACACCAAUGUAAACAUUUAUUUUGCAAUAGAAAACAAUUUUAUUGUACACAAAGCUAUUUUACAUGUUGCUUCUGUGGUUAUAACUGCCUAUAAUGUUCUAUUUUUGUCUAUCUGAAUUCACUUAUUAAUAUGGUUUUCAUU